AUGGCAACCACUCCCCCAUCAUGGCUCGACGAAGCCUUCAAGUCUGCGAAGGAAGACUUCAAGAAAAACCUCAAGAAUCCAGCCUUGUAUGACUUUUCAAAAAUCAAUUCUCCAGACGAUGUAAUCGACGAAGCGAUCAAGAUACAGAAACAACAAGCAAAGACUAGGACACUCCGAGGGUUAAAACGUAUCGACCCAUUCAUCAACGGUCUUAAGGAAUAUGCCGCCGUCAUUGAGGUGUUCGUGCAAGUAAAGCCCGAUAUUAUGGGUAUUAUUUGGGGUUCACUCAAGUUCAUACUCCAAGCGUCAAGCGCUGUUAUUUCAACCUUCGAGAAAGUGGUCAAAGUCAUAGGCGACCUAGGUAUGACGCUCCCUAGUUUCAGGAUUUACGCCCAGUUAUUUGAAUCCAACCACGAGAUUCGCCGAGUGUUAUGUCUCUUCUACGCAGAUAUUCUUGACUUUUAUGCCGUAUUAUUAAACUUUCUCUCCAAUCGAAGGUUGAAUGUAUUUCUUGAGUCUUUGUGGCCUAAUAUUCGCUCGAGCAUAGCGAAAAUUCAAGAAAAUAUAGAGUAUCAUAAAGCCAUAAUGACGACAAAUGUAACACUCGAAGACGUCCUACGAGCUCACCAAUUUAGGAAGCUCGCCCUUGAGGAGCAUGCACGUGCACAGGCUUUCCGAGAAAGCCAGACCUUCAAUGCCAUCCGCAACGAACUCAAUCCACAUAACUACGACGUAGAAUUGAUGGACAUCCUACGCCGGAGCUCUGUUGUGUCUGGUAAUUGGUUAGACGAAGAACCGGGCUCUAAAAUAUGGUAUGACCCUGCAGAUAGUACUGUACGAUGUUUAUGGCUUCAUGGUAUUCCUGGUUGUGGUAAGACUUUCCUUGUCGGCAACCUCAUAAAAAAGAUGCAGGAUUCUGGUCAACGAGUCCUUUUCGUAUUCUUAUCCCACGAUGACCAGGCUGCUGGUGACACCGUCAAAGUCCUCCAUUCGCUCAUUUUCCAACUUCUCGAAUACGACGAAACCCUCCGGCCAAUCGUCUGUGAAACUUCUCAAUCUAAUUACAGGAAACUGAAAAGUGAUUACGAUUUCGUCUUGGACCUACUGUGUACCAUCCUCAACAGUUUAGGGGCCAGCUACCUCAUACUAGAUGGCCUGGAUGAGUUAAAUGAGAAUUCCUGGAAGCAUCUCCUCUCUAGCGUGUUACAAAUCAACGAGAAAUGCCCAGAGACGAAACUCCUCAUCAGCAGUAGGGAAGAGCGAAUGUUCAUCUACGCCAAAUUAGUCCUACAGAUGGUAAAAAAUGAGGGGACCGUUGAAGGCAUCGAGAUGCAGAUAGAAAAUAUCCCGGAUGGGCUAGACCAAGCUUAUGGCCGUCUCCUUAAUAGCAUUAAGAGUAAGCAUACGCAGGUUCUCCGUGACGUUGUGCGUAAUAUAUUACAAUGGGUAGCCUGCGCCCAGAGGCCCCUGAGGGAAGAGGAGAUCCUACAGAUAUUAGCCGUGGAGCCAGGAAAGUCUGAUUUCACCAAGGGGCGCAAGGAAUUCCGCGAUAUUUAUAAGGCAUGCGGACCGAUCAUUGAGGUCCAAGGAGGAUUUAUUCGGUUUGUUCACUUUUCCGCUAAAGAGUAA